CCAUUCGGCGCAUUAACGACCAAUUUAAAGCCGAGUUCGCUCAAAGGGUAUUAAGCGAGCGCAUAAAUAAUUUGCACGAGACAACUGGUGGGGAACUUGCAAUAUAUUUUAAUCAGCCGCUGCAACAAGAUUAAGCAGUUGGAAGUUGACUGUACAUCGCUCUUUCUGCCACCGCAUUCCACAGAUUUGUAAAGAUGCAUCUGAGAAUAGUAUUGUGUGCACUGGUGGCGUUAGCAGCCUAUGCCACCCCAAUUGUGGCUCCUAAUCCAAAAUCUGUCAACAAACUCAUGCCAAAAAACGAUGAAGUUGAUUUCCCCAAAAAUUUUGAUGUGGUAAGAUCAAAAAGGGCGGCCAGGGAUUCUUGGGAAGAUGCUGACGCCACAUCCCGUAUGGAUGAGUUCCGCAGAGCUAUGAGUCUGUUAGAGAAGUUUCUGAAUUCUGAAAGAUUAACAAAGGCCAAGAAUAUGAGUGGUACAAUGUCCGAAAUGAUCAAAUUGGUGCUACGCUUCUUGGAUUUGAUGGAGAGUCACUUGAACGACAAUCACAUCGAUCACAGCAGUGAAUGAUGAUUCAUCAUUCAAUUGAUUCCAUUAUAAUUUCCAAUAAGCUUCACAUUUGAAAGUAUUCUUGGAUUAUUUUUGUAGCAAUGGAUUGAUCGAUGAAUAUAUUUUUUCUGAAAAUGUAAAUAUCAAUUAUUCUCAUUUAAACCCCAACAUAACAUUAUCGCCAUCCGCGAGAUUCCUUAUUCUAAAACAAAAAUUGUGAUUCACCAGAGAAGAGCCAAUAAGGAUAGGCUACCAAUACUGGAACUUGAAAAAACUCACUGUUAUUUUUUUCAAAUGCUUUGAAAGCUUCUAAUUUUUCUCAGUUCUUGUAUUAAAAAUGUUCGGAUAUAGUUGAAUAACUUUUCCAACAUUGUCAAGGUGAGAUCUAAGAAGUUUCUCCAAAAAGGAUUGCUUUCAAUAACUUACCACUGUACAGUACCGUAUCGUCGAUAUAAUCGAUUAUUAGACCUACUUUUGCUGCUGAAAUAGAAUGAGCUCUUGAUGAUUGAUUGGAGUCUGUCCACUCAUGAAGUGAGUCAAAUUUAUAUUAAGCAUUCAAUAGCACAAGUACUAUGAAUAGUCAUAAUAACAUAAUACUUUAAAUAUGUCAUACUCACAUCAUAAAAAUACAUAAUAUGGAUCAACAUAAUUUCAUAUAGAACUACAAUCAUGUUGAAUGAGUUCUACAAUGUAAAAAUAAGAAACCAGUCUUAUUACUUGCAUAAGUCGAAGCAUUAUUUAUUCAAAACUUACAUAAAUUCUUAUUACUACAAUUGGUACAUGCAAUACUCUUUUGACAACUAUAAUUUAUAACAGACUUAUGAAAAAAAGUUAAUAUCAAGUUAAAAAGUCAACAAGUUAAGCCUCCUAGAACAAAAUAAAAUUCCAUUUGAGAAUAAUAGUAAUAUUUGGAAUGAAGAGUAAUAAUAAUCACCCUUGAUACUUGGUAAGUUCUACAUAGAUUUUUAUCCACACUAAAUUUUCAUCAUACUAUUCAUCUGAUCAUUACAAAAUUCCUUAUUGACUUAGAGCUGCAUCAUCACAAUUUAUUCUAAUCAAGACUUUUUAUAUUCUCGAUGUAAUAAGAAUAUUAUAUAAUAUUGAUGGGUAACUUUUUUAUUUAUAAAUGAUUACUUUUUUAUCUCAAAAUAAAAAUUGCAAGAGUAAUGAAUAAAUCAAAGUUACAAACUUACAAUGCACAGAGAAAUAUAUCAAUUAUUUGGUAUAACAUUGACAAAGUAGGUAGGUCAAUAAGAGAAAACAAAUUUUGAUAUUUUAAAAGUUAUAGAUGACAAUAUUGCAAUGGAAAUAACAAUUAGAAUGAAUUAAUGAUAAAAAUACUGAUUCUAGUACAAUUUAAAAAAUAUCAUUGAAUGAGAUAACUUAUAGAAAUAUAAGUAAUAUAUUAUAAGAAAUAUAUUUGAUACUGUAGGUACCAAAUAUUAUAAUUUGAGACUUAUAGUAGACAGAAUCCACUAUACUGGAUGGGCACAGAGCAAAGUUCAAAUAUUGAAAUAAUAAUCAGAGCAGAUGUAUAAUGAUAUUAAUUCACUAAUCCCAAAUUUCAAUUAAACAUUGUAAAAUAAUAUUUAUUGU